CGCGAAAGUGUUGAAGUUAUUGAUACAGGAGAACCUAAGUAUGAACGAAGACGAACUGGACGAGUUGGAAGCCAAGUUGGACGACUUGACGCACCAGAAUGACGUGCUUAAACAGGAGAAUGAGCUCCUCGAGUCAUAUCUCCAUCGCAACGGACAGCCCACAACCGGAAGCGAUGACGAGGAUAAACAUACAGAUAAAGACAAGAAGAUCGGCGGGUCCAGACAGCGUCGUGUGCGUACGCAAGUGAUGCUCACGAUCGAGCAGAAGAACGAUAUCUGCAGCACGGAGCUCGAGGCGGCGCAGAAGGAGCUCGAGGAGACCAAACGCUCAUCUGAGCGGCUCAUUGACACACUGCGAGCCGUACUGGAAGAGACAGAUAUCCGCAUUGCAGAGCUCAAGAAGGAUGCGUACGAGUUCAAGCGCGACAUCGUCGUGGGCGCCGAGAAUUUUCGCACCGGCAAGACAAUCGCUGAAAAGAUGAUCCGCUAUAUGGAGGAGAAGCUGCGCCAGAAGGAUGCCGUAGUAGAGAAGCUUCGACUUAAGAAUGCUACGCUCAAGAGCCAAGCUCAGAAGAUCGACGCCCAGCUCCGUCACAAGGAAGAGAUGGGCGAUGCGCUUCACUACAUCGACUUCCAUCAGCUGCAGAUCGAGAAUAAGCAGUACGUCGCUAAGAUCGAGGAGCGCAAUGAAGAGCUGCUGCGUCUUAAGCAAACUACCGGAAGCACUGUACAAGUGCUAAAUAAUCUCAAGAAGCGUCUGCAUGAACUGCUCGAGGAGAGCGCGUGGCUCCAAGGUGAGAUCCGAACACGCACCGAGCUGAACGAGAAGAUCGUCGAGGAGAUCGCGCUCGUGGAGGAGAAGAACAAGAAGGACAUGAGACGUCUGCAGUCCUUACAGAUCCAGCAAUCCGCAGAACCUAGCAAAGAUAUGCCGCAGAUUCUGGACUACGUAGCGCAGAAGGCUAAAAUGUUCGAACUGCAGCAGGACGUCAAGAACUACGAACGGAAGGUCGAGAUCGCGGAGCGAGCCGCUAAGCUGAGUCGCGCCAAAGAAGCCAAACGUUUACAAGAGCAACGCUAG